AGAGACCAGGGGCCACUUGGAUAACAGUGCGACUGUGUCCAGAGAUCUGUGGGCUGGUUCGGUGCGAAGCUGUGGUCUCAACCUAAGCAGUCAUGGGUCCUGUGCUGAUGCUGUUCGUGCUGAGCUUGUCCAGCCUGUCUCAGCCUGCAAGAGGGGGUAUCCUGGACGUUCUGGAUGAGCUCACGGAUGCUGUGUAUAGCUAUUAUGACUACACCGAGGAGCCCUCAGCGAGUAAAGAUUAUGACCUAAGCUGGCUGACUGAUCUGAUUGAUGAGACAAAUGAGUGUGACCCUAAUCCGUGCCUCAAUAAUGGCGUUUGUGACAAUUUGGCGGCUGGUGGAUACCAGUGCUCCUGUCAAAGACCAUAUAGUGGCAAACACUGCCAAACAUUGGUCGAUCCCUGUAAGGACGUCAAGUGCGGUCGCGGAGACUGUGUCCUCACACAGACGGCUCCUUUUUAUGAGUGCAAAUGCAAAGCCCCGUAUAGAGGACCGAGGUGCAGGAAAGCUGCAGCCUGCAUACCUGACCCCUGCCUGAACGGAGCAACCUGCAAGAAGGGACGAACCAGAAACAAGUUUGAGUGCAUCUGUCCCACUGGCUACAGUGGAAAGUUCUGCCAAGUCGGGCCCAACGACUGUUUUGUUGGGGACGGAGAGUCGUACCGAGGCUUUGUGAGUGAGACUGUGGACAAAGACCAGUGUCUGCCCUGGAACUCUCACCUUAUCCCCGGUUCUGGUGGUAACUUUAGUGACAGUGUUGAUGGACUGGGACCUCACAGCUACUGCAGAAAUCCUGAUGGAGAGAACGCUCCUUGGUGCUUCAUCAAAGUGAAGAACAAGCUUCGCUGGGAGUACUGCAAUGUCAAAGAGUGCACAGUCCGUCCCACCAUCCCAGUCAUCCAUGAGGGCACCGACCCUCCCAGCACGAAGGCUCCCCUGAGUCAGGAGUUUGCCCAAUGUGGGAAGCCUCAGCCUGGCCGCAUCGCUGCCAGGAUCUUUGGAGGGAAGAAGGCCAUGCUAGCCGCCCACCCUUGGCAGGUUUCCCUGCAGGUCAGGGCCCGGGGCUCAUCACAGCUCUACAGACACAGCUGUGGAGGCAUCCUGAUCGGGUCCUGCUGGGUUCUCACUGCAGCGCACUGCAUUAACCCGAUGGAGGAGAUGCAGGUGGAGUUGGGUGGCGUCACCCUGCACAAGAAAGAGGACUUUGAGCAGAUCAUCGCCGUGGAGAAGGCCCUCAUCCACGAGAAGUACAGAGAGAGCCCUGAUGCCCUUCAUAACGACGUGGCUCUGCUGAAACUGAAGGGUUCAAAGGGCCAGUGCGCCAGAGAGACCAGGUUUGUAAAGACAGCCUGCCUGCCCACCGGCCCCCUCGCAGACUCCACCGAGUGCUCCAUAUCAGGAUGGGGGAAGACCGAGACAGAGCAUUCCAGCUCCCAGCUGCUGACAGCCAAGGUGCGUCUGAUCUCCCAGCAGCGUUGCACAGCUCCUAAUGUGUAUGGCGCCAGGCUGGACGACAGCAUGAUCUGUGCCGGGAGCAUGCAAGGAGGGACAGACUCGUGCCAGGGUGAUUCUGGUGGUCCUCUGGUGUGCGAGAAGAAUGGGACCCACUAUGUGUACGGCGUAGUGAGCUGGGGGGACAGCUGUGGUGUCGAGAACAAGCCUGGAGUCUACGCCCGAGUCAACCACUUCAUCGACUGGAUCGCAACUAAAUUAUUGACAGACUUGUAGUGGCACAGAUCAAUGUGUGUGUCUGUGUGCACAUGUAAGUGUGUGUGUGUGUGUGUGGAUUCUGUGUGUGUGUGCACAUUGCAGCAGGGUUGCUGAAGCAGUUGCAGUUGAAAAACAUUUAUUUUCCUUUUGAAAGUUAUAACCAAACAUUUUCACUUUUGUCAAACACCAUGGCCUAUUGGCUGAGUUUCUAUAUCAUAAAGCUGAACCGGUCAGUCAUCCAAGUAAAAAUCACAUACAGUAUGUCUUCAAACACAAGGCCAUCCGUUUAAAAACUGCCACAAGGGGGCGCUAGACACUUUGCCAGAGCACAAGGCUGUGGUGUUUGAGACCACAAUGAUCGUCUUGCCUAAAGCCACUUUACAAGUACCUCCUAUCAUUUUAAAUAAUAAAAAAAAAAUGACAUUCA